GGCAACGCAUGUACAUUGGGAAUUCUUAAUUGCUCAUUUCUACCGAAGGUUCUGACAAAGUGCUGCCAAGGAGCUGUCUUCAAAGCAUGUUUUAUCACGUAUCACUAGAGCAUGAAAUUCUUCUUCAUCCAAGAUACUUCGGACCAAAUCUACUCAACACUGUCAAGCAGAAGUUGUUUACAGAAGUAGAAGGGACAUGUACAGGGAAGUAUGGCUUUGUCAUUGCCGUCACGACCAUUGACAACAUCGGAGCUGGUAUGAUCCAACCGAGCAGGGGCUUUGUGCUCUACCCAGUCAAAUACAAGGCUAUCGUUUUUAGACCCUUCAAGGGAGAGGUGGUCGAUGCUGUAGUCACACAGGUCAACAAGGUUGGGCUUUUCACAGACAUCGGGCCAUUGUCUUGUUUCAUCUCAAGACAUUCCAUUCCAGCUGACAUGGAGUUCGAUCCCAACUCAAGCCCUCCGUGUUAUAAGACAAAAGAUGAGGAUAUAGUUAUUCAACAAGACGACGAAAUCAGGUUGAAGAUAGUGGGAACCAGAGUCGAUGCUUCAGACAUUUUUGCCAUCGGAACUCUCAUGGAUGACUUUUUAGGUCUUGUGAGCUAACAUCCCAGUAUGCAUCUCAACCUCAACAUAUUUAUGGACAGAACAUGCAAAACGAGUCAACUUUCUUGAUACUGUUAAUUAUAAUUUAAUAGUUAAUACUUAUCAUAAAACAUCUUUUUAGAAUGUAAAAAUACUUUCUGUGAUUUUCAUGAUCAUCGGUACAAUGCUCAUGUUAUUUAUGGCAUCAGUAUUUGGGAAAUACCUUUCCAUUACAAGAACUUGGUAAUUACCUUUCACAUAAUUGGUUAUUGACUUUUUUGAAAAGUGUUUCUCAAGUUGAAAUACAUACAGUUAAUUCUGCGUUACUCGAAGUCACACGAGUCAAAUUAUCCCCAAGUCAAAAAAUAUUCUUGACCAAACUAUGCAAAACAUGUGUUAUUUAAAAAUCCAAAGUCAAAUUUUGCAUAGUUCAAACUAUAUUUUGCUUUCCCAACAGUUUCAAUGUAUGCAGAAUAAAAUGUUCAUUAUCGUAUUAAGGUGAAAGAGAAUUGAAAUGAAGGCAUUGGAGCAGAGUAGAUUUCCUGCAUUUAUUUUCAGUUAAUGCAAAGUGUAUAAAGAUAUCAUGGUUUCCUGCUUAUUUCACCCAAGAGCUACUUGAGAAGCAGCAUCUUAUCUGGCAAGAAAAAUAGUCAUUAAUACUUCUUUCAUUGAACAUCAAGGACCCACGUGAAAUGGAAAGUGUUUGAUUCUUGGCCAGAAGUAGUACUG